AUGAAAACAGACUUUACUCUUCGUUCUGGAGGACAAACGGGAGUUGAUCGGGGGAUGUUUGAUGCCGCCUUAAAUCACGUAGAAAACAAUCCUAAGGUUAUAAGCAAAGAAUACGAAGAAGAAAACUCUCUUCUUUCCGUAAAAUUCAUCAACGGUGUUGUCUGGAAAAUUACUGGCUGGUGUCCAAAAGGGAGAAAAGCCAAAGACGAUAAAAUUGACCCUAAGUAUCCGCUACAAGAAACCCCUACUUCCGAAUAUAAAGAAAGGACGGAAUGGAACGUUCGUGAUGCCGAUGCUACUUUAAUUUUAUUACUUUCGAGUGCUAAACCGGAAUUAGAUGGGACUUCUUUUACCAUUGAGAUGGCCAAAAAACAUGAAAAAGAAUUAAAAUUAAUUUACCUAGAUACGAAUACCAGAGAAAAAAACGCCAAAGAAGCAUUUGGGUGGAUAAUAAAGAAACAAAUUAAAUCCUUAAACAUAGGCGGUCCGCAAGAAAAUAAUUGUCCGGGAGUUUAUGGAGCAACAUUUGAAUUUGUUAGUUGUUUAUUAAAGAAAUUAGAAGAAUUAUUGCUUCUCAUUAAUAAACCCAAAUUAUAA